UUAGAUGAAAAAACUAAUGGUAAGCUACAAACAUUUUUUAUUACAGUUGACCCUGAACGCGACAACGUUAAAAGAUUGAAAGAGUUUCAGCAACAAUUUGAUCAUAGAAUACAGAUGUUAACCGGUGAAAAAGAGAAAAUAAAUGAAGUAGUUUCAAAAUAUAGAGUUUAUGUCAAUAAAGUAGGUGGAGAAGAAGAAAUCAACCAUUCCUCAAUAAUAUAUCUCAUUGAUCCUCAUGGAAAAUAUGUCACACACUUUGCACUUGAUCUGAAUUCAGACGAAAAUCAGUCUGAUAAAAUUUUAGUUGGGAUAAAAAAGCACAUAGCUAUAGGCUAA